UGCAUCCCUCACACACACACACACCUCGACCCUCAUCUAUCGAUGGAGUCCUUGUGGUGCACUACUCUUUGUUUCAUGUCGCUUGCAUGCAUUGGAAUCGGCAUCGCCGGAGCCCAAGCACCAGCUGCUGCACCAUCUCAACAACCACCACCCACCGCUGCUACAGCUCCGGUCACGUCGCCACCUACGUCCAGCCAAACAAGCCCGCAAGUACCUCCGGCUUCUUCACCCAGCCCACCGGUGCUGCCACCACCACCAGCCACACCUCCACCGCUAACGCCUCCCCCGGCAUUGGCACCUUUACCACCAGCGCCUACUUCACCGCCGCCAACAUCGCCGUCACCGGCUGUGCCUCCACCGACUCUGCCACCCGUUAUACCGCCAUCGCCGCAAGUGCCAACCCCGGCUCCAGCUGCGCUCGUGCCAGUAUCGGCACCGCCCGAGCUCAGCCCUGCACCUGCUCCUGCAAAGAGUAAGAAGAAGCACCGGAGGAGGAGGAGGCAUAAGAAGAAGCAUGCACAAGCACCCGCUCCUACAUUGCACAGCCCGCCGGCACCGGCUGUACCAACACCCCCAGAGGAGAACGUUCCCAGCCCGGCGCCACAACCGGAUGACUUGAAUAGGAGCAGUGUCAUAUCUGAGGUGGGAUGGUGGGCGAGAACCGUACUCGCGAUUCUGGUGCUGUCAUGGAGUUACUACUGAGGCUUGCGAUUCGACAUACGACGUGACUCUUUUUGGGUGUGUUGGAUUUGUAAUGCGAAAAGAAAUGGGUGGCUAUUCUCUGACGACGUGACUUGGGACAUUACAACAACAUGAGUGGGCACGAAAUCGGAGAGAUCACAACAACUUAAUUAGAAUUAUUUUGGCCGAACAAAUUAUGUUUAAAGCAGAAUUUGAUUUAUGAGUUACA